UCCAGACUAUACGUCCGUCUUGCCCUAGAUAUAGAACGGCGUGUACGUUAUGCAACAGGCACAUGUCAUCUCCUUAUAGCUUCCAAAGCCAAAAAGCGGCUUGCUCCGCAUCUAAAAGAGAUUAUAGCGGUUUGGAUCAUAUCGUCAUUUGAUCAAAGCAAAGAUGUUUCCAAAAUCGCAACUGAGGCAUUCGAGACUGUGUUUCUGGAGGAAAAGCGAAUCGAAGUGUUACAAUUCUGUCAAUCUGAAAUUGUGGAUUUCAUUCUCGACGUGAUUUUACAUAAGGCUCCUGAAACAUUAAGCGACCCAAGGUUUAUAUCAAAAGAAGACAUGGCCGCAAAGUACGCUAGGGUCGUGUCGAGUUCAUAUUAUGCUCUUUCAUUUCUCAUAGUGAAGAUUGAAGAACGAUUGGAGUUAUUGAGCACAGCAUAUUUAAGCAAAGUCUUCAAUGAUAAAGAUCCUAGUAUUCACAGUGAACUCUGGGAAUCUCUGUUAGUAUUUACUAAAGCGUUCCCGCAGAGUUGGAUGAUCGCCAGUAAGAAAAAAUCUAUGCUACCGAAGCUUUACGCAUUUCUUCGCGCCGGAGCCUAUGGCUCCGUUAAUGUCACCUAUCCAAGUUUACUUGUUUUGGUGGACAGUCUUCCUUCGCAAAUCAUUGCUACAAGACCUAAGUUUUAUGACGAGUUUUUUGGCGACUUCUGGAAGGGUUUGUCCGGUACAGUUAUUGGUCAUACCAAUUCCGGAACGUUCAUAAGCGCUUAUUGUGAGUGCCUUGUAUUUUUUAUUAGAAAAAUGAGUAAGACGGAUAAUGAGGCUGAUAUUCUGAGAAUGUUGAUAGAAGAAAAGUUUUUUGGGAUUAUUGAAUUGUAUCUUGUUGAUAUUAAGUCUUCUGGCAAAUUCCGGUCGAAGCAGCUUUGUUCCGCUGUCGCUUCUAAUAUGGUGAAACUCAUUACAGGGACACAUACAAAAGAUGCAGCAAUAACACUUUUUGGAAAAAUCGAAUAUUUAUUUAACGCUAGCAUCAACAGAUCAUCUUUGGACGAAAGUAAAGAACUUGAUUUCAGCGCCUACUUCAGUGAAAUCUGCCAAAGAUUGGCCGAUCUUUUGUAUUGCAUUGAUACGAAGACUAUGGAAGACGGAAAUGACAGAAAUGAUGUGUACGAUUUUGUCGAGAAGAUAUUUACUCUUGUGUUGUCCAAGUCAACGGAGAUUAGUGAGAAACUACUCGGGCUCAGUUUAAUUGCUUCUAGAUUGAUUAAAAGCUUUCCUCAAGCGACCUUCGAAAGGCAACUUACAAAAGACGCUAUUGACACUUUCAUCAGUGAUGAUUUUCAUAGACUCGUGCUUAAUGCACCGGAACCAGUCUUGGAUCAUUUAUUCGACAUUUUUUUACUGUAUUUGGCGCAAUGUGAUGAUAAGCAGACAUUACAGACAUGGAAUGCACUUGUAGAUGUAAUAAUUCAGUUGGACGACGCGACAAGGAAAUUGAAUUGUUUUCUACUUGCCAUUGAUAAGACCAACGGGACGAAACUAAGGCAGGCGUUAUAUAAUGACAAACUCGCUGCAUUCAUAAUAAAAGUGACCACCGAAUUAGAAGAUGGCGAAGAAACACUCUUAAUCGAAUAUGAGCGUAUUAUAGUUUCUUCUCUAAAAUCUGAUGUGUGUAUAAUAUCGAAGCAAACCAGACAAAAUAUCCUGAAUCGCAUCUCAAUGGUACUUGCCAAUUCCUCGAAGAUACACUAUACGUCCGAGGAUAUUCCAUUGUCGAUGAAAUCGACUACUAUAUCCAUUCUGCGCAUUUGCGGUGCACUGUUGAAUACUGACCAAAACUUUGUCAAGUCUUUGUUUGAAUUAAAUUCUGCGUCAAUCAUUGCAUACAUAUAUGAACUUUUGUUCAUGAAAGCACAUGGUCAGUUAGAUGAGGGAUAUGUGAAUACGGUGGUUGAGUUAUCGAAAUCAUCUUGGAAACGUGCAACCAUAGCUUGUCAUGCGUUGGAACAGAAAGAAAUUUUAGGUGACAUUAUUUGUGAGAAUAUAUUGUCAUCAUUAUUAGAUAUUCGAUAUGCGGCUAGCCCUCUAGACUUUACACACAGGCUAACAACCUUGAUCACGGAUCUGUUUGAUAACGAACACUCCUACAAACAGAGAUUUGUUGAAAAGCUUCUCAUUAGCAACCAGCAGUGGCGAGAUAUCAGUCUCUCCUUCGUUUCAUUACCCGUUGAUUCAACUCUGGCUAUUCUUUAUGAUUCAAUAGCAGUAACAUCGACUACUGCAGCCUCUUCUGAUGGCAUACCAAUCAAGGCUAUUCAAUAUGAUAUAUACGGACUGAGUCUAUAUGGAAGGGUUGGGUUGUUUAUGAUAGACAUUAUCAAUAGCAUCGGCGUCUCCGAAUUCUUCUUUGGACAAGAUCUUACAGAGAUACAUACAACUACCAGUCGUCAUUUUGUUAUACUAGAAUUACUAUUAAUGCACAUAUUUUCAGACAUAUAUGGUUCUCAUAUACAAAGUCCGCAUGUAUGGGACGCAACCAGUGUCGAGGAGAGUAAUUUUCAUGGAUUUAAAGCCUUUUUAGAGGAGGUUAAUUCAAUAGCAAUAGAAUAUGUCAAUCAGCAAAAUCAACGCAUGCAGUUUAGUGUUAAAAAUCUUAUCGGGCGGUUAAUAACAGGAGAACAUAAUGAAUCGGACGCUUCUGUGAACUUAACCACAUUGCUUGUAGAAUCUACUAAUCGUUCACGAGGAGAGAAUGGCCAUUAUUGGAUUAGAGUAUCGGAAAGACUGUGCAGAAUUAUUUUAAAAGAAUCAAACAUACAGACUACUGAAGCUGAAGAGCUCAUGGAUGCGUUAGUGUCAGACGCGUGUAAAGUCUCUGUCGAUACAAAGAUAGCCUUUAUACUAUCAUUGAAAUCCACUUUAAACCUAUCCUCCAGGUUUAAAGCCCUACAAUGUGAUAUAGCAGGAAAAUUAAACGACAUGGAAGCGGCGGACAUAUUUGAUAAUAACUCGGACGAGAGCAAUGGUCAUACACUCUUAUCUCUUUUGGUAGCCACAACGAAAAAGUCUGAUACAUAUUUCCUGCGACCAGAUGACGCUCUAACUCUGAUAAACACUUUUAGAAGAUGGUAUGAAAAUUACGGGACUACGUCUCAAUAUAUCAAUGCACAGAUCAGUAUAGCUAGACUGCUAUAUUUGAUAGUCGACACUGUACAAGAAUCACCAGGGAUGCAUUGGGAGUUCGUAUUUACGCGCAUUGAGGACUGGCUGCAGAAUGAUAGGGAUUUGGUUCUUCGGUAUGAAGCUAUUAAUUUGUUUAACAGGUUAAGUGUACUGAGUGCCGCAGCGAGCAAAUUUUCUGCCGAUAUUGAGGAUAAAUCUGCAGCUCGAUCAGAGAUUACACUAUCAGAUGCAUUGCAUAGUCAUGAACAGAAAAUAAGCAAUUACCUAAUAAGCCAUCUAUUACAAGAACGUGCACAUGCGAGUACUAUUUUUUCCAAGCAAUAUUCAGCAUACCUCGAUAUUUUGAGUGAAGCAUGUUAUAGUAUACCAAGGAGCGCCAUUAAAGAGAAAUCGACAGAGCUAUAUGAAUUACUUGAUAUCUCACAUGAAGUCGUGCAGAAAUGUACUUAUCUGUUACUUCGAGACAUAAUCACUGAGACUGUAGCAAGAAGGUCUGAGCAAAUGGAAAUCAAUGAAAUCGUUGGAGUCAAUUCGAGGGUUCCAGUGGAAGCAAAGAUCGACGAGGCAUUGGUAUCAUUAAUUAAGCGAGGGCACGAAAGUGAUUUGAUAAAAGUACUUACCGGUAAUCGCGAAAUACUGUCGGUUCAUCACACAUUUGGCUACUUGCUAUCCGCACUGCUGCUCUUUGAUCAUUUCAGGAAUGCUACGUACAAAUAUAAAUCGCAGUUUAUCACAUUGUUGAAAGAAUUGGAUAUAUUAUCAGGAUUCCUACCAUUUACAUUCCAAGCACUAGGUCUUGUCUCUCCAUCGACGCCUUACGAUCUUUCCAAAUGGGAUGUCACCGAAUUCUACGUCGAAGCCUUUGAAAUCGACCUUUUCGCAGACCUUGGUUUCCCACUCCUCUCCGCCCAUAUCUACUAUCUCUCUCUUGUUCAUGUUCCAUCGCUCGUCCGCAAUUGGUGGACAUAUUGUAAAAAACGGCAACUCACGAUCGCAGUCGAUUUGUACACCGAAAAACACUUCAGUCCUAUCAUCAUCAGACAGCAGCUGGACAAUCUCCAACGCGAAGAUGUCAAAUCUCAGCUGCAAGAUGAUAAAUUUUCAAUAAGAAUCUCCCGUGGGACUAAUGAAGUCAUUGCUGUGGUAAACAUUGAUGAAAGCGUGACAGAACUGAGCUUGCGCAUGCCGGGAAGUUUUCCGUUAAAAUUAGUUGAAGUGGGACGAGCUGAGAGGAUGGGGAUGGCAACGGUUAAGGAUUUGGUCUGGGGUAGAUUGCCAGUCGAGACUUUGGUUAAUUCUCAGGACGGCAACUUAGAAGCCGCGUUGAGCAUAUUCAAACGCAAUAUCGAAAGCCAUCUCGAAGGUAUAGAUGAUUGUGUUGUUUGUUACAGUGUGGUAUCGUAUGUGGACAGAAGUCUUCCGAAUAAGACUUGCUCUACUUGCAAGAAUAAAUUCCAUGCGGCUUGUCUCUACAAGUGGUUCCGUACGUCAAAUUCAACAAGUUGUCCUCUAUGUCGAAGACUGUUUUAA